GUUGCGUCACUGCUGCUUUAAAGCCGAGCCGAUCCGAGCUGAGCCAGGCCACAAUCCGCGGACCCGAUGGACCGAUUCAGAGCCUGAAUACUCGGACUACAACCAGGACCGAGACCCGGACUGGAUCCUGGAUUAAAGACGUCAGUUCAACCCGGAAACUCCCGGGACGGAACCGGACUGAAGCCCGUCGGUAGAACCGGACUGAAGCCCGUCGGUAGAACCGGAGUGAAGCUGCUUCAGUAACCGGCCUGCUCCUCCAAAAUGGCCGACGCCGAGGUCUCCAUGUCCCCGGCUCUGAGGCCGCUCCACCUCAGCCCCGCCCACUCAGCCCCGCCCCCUCCGCCAGCCUCCUCCUCUCCCACCACUUUCUCCUGCCCCUCCUCCCCCUCCAGUGCCUCCUCCUCCUCCUCGUCUUCAUCCUCUUCCUCCUGUUCUGAGAGCUCCUCCGACUGCCCUGCCCACCAUCAUCAUCAUCAUCAUCACCACCACCACCGCCCCCAGCUGCAGCUGCCCCCGCCCCCCAGCAGCGAGCAGCCGUCCUCCCCCAGCGCCAGCCCCCGCAGCUCCAGCCCCAGCGGGAGCAUCGGCAGCACCGGCAGCCUCGGCAGCAGCGCCAGCGAGGGCAUCGGCAGCAGCGGCACGUCGAGCGGCGGCGACCCGCGAGGCCCCAGCCCCCCCCUGGAUGUCAUCUCAGAGGACGCCAUGGAGAUGGACCUGGGGGUCGACCAAGUCAUCGACCCAGCGGUAGCGUUGAAAGCUUGCCAGGAAGUUCUUCUCAAGGUCAAACUGCAGAACAGGGAAGUGCCUGAACAGCAACAACUUGACAAUAAACAACAGGAUGAGCCACAACAACAACAACAACAACAACAACAACAACAACACUACCCUGAAGUAGAGUGCUCCAGUCCUCAGUGGCACAUCAGCCCGGACACCAGCUCCAUCAAAGAAGAAGAUGAGGAGGAGGAGGAGGAGGAAGGGAAGGAUGGAGAGAAACAAGGCGGUACUUCCCAACAGGACCGACGUCCUUCAGCGCGUCCGGAGUCGUCUUUACUGCCGGCGGUGGCGGCGGCGGCGUCGUCUAAACAGUCGUGGCUGCUGCGCCUGUUUGAGUCCAAGCUGUUCGACGUCUCCAUGGCGAUCUCCUACCUGUACAAGUCGAAGGAGCCGGGGGUGCAGGCGUACAUCGGGAACCGCCUCUUCAGCUUCCUCGACAGCGAGGUGGACUUCUACCUGCCGCAGCUGCUCAACAUGUACGUGCACAUGGACACCGAGGUGGGAGACGCCAUCAGACCGUACCUGAUCCACCGGUGCAGAGGAAGUAUAACCUUCUCUCUGCUGACAGCGUGGCUGUUGGGAGCUUACUCCUCCGACAUGCACAUCUCCACCCAGCGUCACUCCAGAGGCACCAAACUCAGAAAACUCAUCCUGUCCGACGAACUCAAACCUUCUUCGCCUGAGGCUCCCAGAGCGGUUUCAGCCUCCGACAGCCCGGCGUCCUCACCGUCCCACCGCCGCUGCCACCGGCGCCACAACAGCAGCAACAUGGACUCCUCGCCCUCUUUGUCCACGGCUGGCCCCGCCCCAGACAGCCCCGUACCGGGGGACGCCGAGGUGUUUGUUUCCCCGUCCAGGAGGACCCACCAGAGAUCCAAGUCAGACGCCACCGUGGCGAGCAGUGGACCCGGUUCUGGCCUCCGACGGACAGGAAGUAACCCGAAAGUGGAAGCUGUCCAUGAGGAGCUGGAGCGUCUGCGUCCUCAGAGGGAGUUUGUAAAGUCUCUGCUCUGCAUCGGGAAGCGUUUGGCGACGCUGCCGACUAAAGAGCAGAAGACUCAGCGGCUGAUCUCAGAACUGUUGCUGCUCAACCACAAACUGCCGGCUCGAGUGUGGCUGCCGACCGCAGAGCACCAACACCACGUCUGCAGGAUCCCACACACACAGGCUGUGGUCCUGAACUCCAAAGACAAGGCUCCCUACAUUAUCUACGUGGAGGUGUUGGAGUGCCAGAGCUUUGAGACGUCUCCGGUUCCCGUCCGGAUCCCGGAGACGAGGAUCCGUUCCGCUCGCUCUGCGGAGAACCUCGACUGCGGCGGCGGCGUCACGCCGGCUAGCGGUAUCAGCGGGAUGACAUCAGAGCACAGAGCGGGAAGUUUCUCCACCGUCCCGAACUACGACAACGACGACGAAGCGUGGGCCACCGACGACAUCGGACAGCUGCAGGUGGAGGCCGAGGCUCAGACCAGCAGCAGUGAUAACAUCAGUCAGUUUUCAGUCGACAGCAUCACGAGUCUCGAGAGCAAAGAGCCGGUUUUCAUCGCCGCCGGAGACAUCAGACGUCGUCUGUCGGAGAACCUCGCUCACACUCCGACCACCUUCAGGAGAGACCCCGAGGACCCGUCAGCCGUCGCCCUCAAAGAACCCUGGGAGGAGAAAGUCAGGCGGAUCAGGGAAGCCUCUCCGUACGGUCACCUGCUCAACUGGCGGCUGCUGUCGGUUAUUGUGAAGUGUGGAGACGACCUGCGACAGGAGCUGCUGGCCUAUCAGGUCCUCCGACAGCUGCAGUCGAUCUGGACGCAGGAGCGAGUUCCUCUGUGGAUCAAACCCUAUAAGAUCCUGGUGAUGUCAUCAGACAGCGGUAUGAUCGAGCCCGUCCUCAACGCCGUCUCUCUGCACCAGGUGCGUAAACAGAGUCAGCUGUCUCUGCUCGACUACUUCCUGCAGGAACACGGCAGCUUCACCACCGAGGCCUUCCUCACCGCUCAGAGGAACUUCGUCCAGAGCUGCGCCGGGUACAGUCUCAUCUGCUACCUGCUGCAGGUCAAAGACAGACACAACGGGAACAUCCUGCUGGACUCUGAAGGUCACAUCAUCCACAUCGACUUCGGCUUCAUCCUCUCCAGCUCUCCUCGCAACCUCGGCUUCGAGACGUCCGCCUUCAAACUCACCUCAGAGUUCGUCGACGUGAUGGGCGGUCUGGACGGCGACAUGUUUAUCUACUAUAAGAUGUUGAUGCUUCAGGGUCUCAUCGCUGCCAGGAAACACAUGGAGAAGGUGCUGCAGAUAGUGGAGAUCAUGCAGCAAGGCUCCCACCUGCCCUGUUUCCACGGCUCCAGCACCAUCCGUGGUCUGAAGGAGCGGUUCCACAUGUCUCUGACGGAGGAGCAGCUGCAGCUGUUGGUUGAGCAGCUGGUUGACGGAUCGAUGCGAUCAAUAACCACCAAACUGUACGACUCCUUCCAGUACGUCACCAACGGCAUCAUGUGACCGCCGCCGCCACUCUGAGGGAUCCUCGUCAACCUCCGCUCUGUUUUCAUCUCGUCCGUCUGAACUCGGGUCGGACUCUUCCUGAUCGUCGUGCUGCGUUCGCGGGCAGCUGGGACAGUACAGACUUUGGUUGAUCCUGAGACGCGUUUAAAGACUUAUGGAUCCGUUCUGAAGGUAAACGAUUCGCUGAUAAACGUAUCGAGACAAAAACUUUCAAAGUUUCUGGAACAAAACCAACGUUUUAUCGACCAGAACCGACAGUCGAUGGAGCGUCUUCCUCACAUUCAACAGUUCUUUCCUAACGGAGACUUCUGAGGUCAGUUUGAUUUAUUGUCAUUUUAAUGUAAAGAUAUUGCGGCGGCGUGUUGCCGUGGCGGCGUGUUGCCGCGGCGGCAGAAGAACCAGAUCAGUAGAACUCGAUAGAACGAGAGCGUUUAUUGUUCUAACAGAAGUUUGUAUCUCGUGAUAACGUGACUCAACGAGGCCUCGCAGUCGUUUUAAUCUUUAACGAACACGUGACUGAACUGAUCGGCAGGAAACGUUCUCACUGCAGAUUAAAGGCAAUUAAGAACUACGGAAGCAGAAAGGGGACAUUUGUCUCUGAAUUACAAGAAAAACUAUUUUACUUAUUAAAAUCUUUUGGCUUCAAAUCUCAAUUUCAGAGAAAAGAUCUUUCACCAGAAGAUUGAACAGGAAACAUCCUGAUGGUUUAAAUUUCAGAAUAAAGGUUCCCAUCUGCAGAGGAAACUAAUCAAUAAUCGCCCAAUAUUUUAUUUUGAAGAAACGCAUGUAAACAGCUUCCUGUUCAUGAGAUAUUUUAUUAAAAGUCUAAAUGAAACAGCGAACACCAGCAGGAUGGACGGACGGCGAGAGAGAGACAGAAAGCACAAAUAUAUUGAUUUUGAGUUUGAAUCGUCCAUCAAUCAAUCAAUCGAUCAGUUCUUCCAAGUUUCUGCACGUUUAAAAAAAACCUUCCAGCUCCGAGGAAAAGAAACAUCAGAAUAUCCGUUAAUAUUCAAUAACGACAGUUCGUCCGGCUCGUCAGUUCCUUAUGAUCCACAGCUGAACGCCGUGUGGGCGGGGCUUAAACUCACUAAGUUUAAUAAAAGUUUCCGUACUUUAGACUCGCAGCCGAACUGGUUGCUAAUACGCUAACGUUAGCAUGCUUCUGACGGCGUUAUUGUGCGACAUCGUUAACGACUGUCGCUAACGGGCUGAAACUUGGAGGAAAGUUCAAACUCGUUCUGAAUCCUUUUAAUUUCCUUUUAAGGUCCGCGUUGAAUUUCAGAAUAAAGCUGAGCCUGAUGCUAACGCUAAACGCUGCAGUGUUGAAUUUAAAGGUAGUUUAGUUUUCCUCCAUUUUACUUGAACGGUUUUGAGCCAAAAUGGCUUCCGAGCGGUGAAAAGAUUCGUCUGCUGCAGAUUUAUGCAAGAACCUCGUCGUCGUCCACUAACUGUGCAUCUGUGUAUAAUUAAUGUGUUUGUGUCCGUUAACGAUAUAUUAGCGUAUUUAACUCGCCGCUCUUCCUCCCCGAUUGGCCGUAAAGAUGCAUUCCUGUGAUUAACUCCGGCCAAUCAGGAGAGAGACUCUUUAUUUCUGUUUUACAGAGCGUUUAUUUUUCUUCAUGAGGAGAUUAAAGUUUCCUGAAUAUGUGAAUGUUUUUAUAAUAAAACAGACGGACGUGUUCUCAGUGCGGCGGUGACGCUGGUGACGCGGUACGGCUUUAUUCCAGUGUCUUAAACUGAUCGUUACUACAGACACACCAGUGAGGUUACAGCGCACUAACAAUGAGCUAACACAUCUUUAUCUAUAAACAGUAACAAACAGUAACAAAGCAAAAUGUAUUGAUUUAUUCCGACCACGCCUCCUUCUUUAAAUAAAAUGAUAAUAAAUAAACUGAACAGACCAAAUUAAAUCUCAUCGGGGUAUUUCUCAACUUACACAUUUAUUAAAUAUAAUAAAUUCAGUUGAUUCAGCGAAAUGUUUAUUUAAUAUUUGGUUGUAAUUAUAUUCUUCUUCACAAUGUCUCCAAUUAGUAUAAAACAGGGAAAUAAAUCUAUAUGAAUUUAUUUUAGACUUUAAAUCCCUUUUUAUAUUGUUAGUUUUAAAAUGUUUUUCUUUACAUUUGGGAACAAAUUCUGUUCUUAUAGACAAUAUUUCAUAUUUGUUAACAGUUUCUGAGAUUAAUAAUCCUCUUCAUUAAACUUUAGUCCAACAAAUCAAUGAAGCGUUUUAAUAUUUGGUCAUUUAAGUGUUUUCUACAUUUUAAGUGAAUAAAAGUUUCACCUUCUGAUCAUUGGAACAAUUCAAAUUAUAUUUAUUGUUAACUCUUUAAAUUAAAUAUAUUGCCGUUAACAGCCAACAGAGAUUUCCUCGGGAUGAGUCGCUCCACAUUUUAAAACAGCUAGCUGCUAAUGCUAAUGUUCACCACUGCGGUCGAGGAAUAGACCGAGCUAGGUAACAACUGGCUAAUUAUAUUAUAUUAUAUUUUAUAUUAUAUCCUUGACGACACGUUAAAGGAAACCCACGUUAUAGUCGACUGCGGAUGAAGAACACUACUUGGCUAGCAAACAUUUGGGCCGAGUCGUUGUCAUGCUAACAGCUAACACCUUUUCUUAAAUAUUGUUUUUGUCAUUUGAAGUUUGUUUUAUUACAUAAAAGUGGAUUAAUUGUUAAUGCGGAGGCCGUUUUCCAAAGUAAAACACUGAGACACACUUUAGUUAAUGCUAACUACUAGCUAACUGUUGUACUAGAGCAGUGAUAAAAUAAUUUCACCGUCACAUUCGGAUAUAAUAUAAUAUAUAUAAUAUAUUAUCGUAUAUAAUAAUUAUUAUAUAUUAAAUAUAAUACUGAAUCAUAUUCAGACUGCUGUUAGUUUGACAAUGACUCGGCUAAAAUUACCGCUAGCUUAAUUCCUCUUCAUUGUCUGCCGACGUUUUAAUCUAAAUGUUCGUGGUUGUGAGUUAAAGUCGUUUUAGAAACUAAAAGUUGCACAAUUUAUUAUCAUAUUUGUUUUCUACCAUAAUUACUUAUUUUUACACUUUAACUGCGCUGAGAGCGGGAAUGCUAACCAACUGUAAAAUACUACAAACACUGGAAUAAAGCCAAUAUUUGACGUUGCCGUCGUUCGAAGGUUUUCGUGUUUUAACCACUAUUGAAGGAGAAGAUCUGUUCUUGUUACCGUAUGCUAACCGUUAGCUUGCUACUUUAUACACCACCGCGCUUGAAGAAGACGCAGCUGUGACUAAAAGUUUACCCGAUUUAAGCAACUUAAAUAGCAAAUACUCGUUCUUGUUCUUUCUUUCCGUGUGAAGAUGUACGUAUGUAAAUGAACUGAUGCCUUGAGACGUACAGAAACUUUUAUCAAUGCAACAGGAGGGACGAGGAAGGAGUCUCGGACCUGAGAAGUGCUUUUAUAUCUGACGUUUGACCGCUUCAGGGACGAGUUCUAAUGUUUGAAUGUUUCCCUCUCCGACAUCAGUCCACACGGGCAAAAUAUGUAUUAAUGUGAACAAGUUAUUCCUGUAAUAUUUUAAUAAGAGAAACAAUAGACACAUUUGUGAUAGAUAAAGUGACUUUUUAAAGUUGAUAUUGUCUCUUUGAUUUAACCAUUGAAGGCAGGAAUACUUUUAAAAUACGCUUAAAAUAAUAGCUGCUAAAAUCGUUGUUUUUCUAAGUGAAGUCUGGUGCGUCCGGAGAGGAACACAGUCUGUAGAAACUCGUCCCUGCUAUUAAAAACCUUUCAUUGCCUUCUUCCUUCCUUCCAUCAGCUCGAACACAUUCAAGUAAUUCAAUGUGAAAAACUCUUAAAGUGCAUUUAUCCUCAAUGAAAAUGUUUUCUGUCAUUUUUUAAAGGUUUUAAAACUUCAGUUGGUACCAAACAUUUAACGCUAAAUGCCGUUUCAGUUCCACGUUAUUGUGACUUUCUGUUGGAAUCGAGCCGAUCAGCGAGUUCGACUUCCUGUUGUGUUGGUUUCAAUGAGAAAUGCUAACGAUGCUAACGUCAAAUGAGCUUUAUUUUUCACUGUGUGAAGAAAAAUAACCAACAACAUGAGAACACUUUGGAUUUCAGUGUUUUUAAUAAAUCAUCUCGUAACGGAGCAGGAGGAGGCGAAGUCCACACGGGGUAUUUUAUUUUGAAAAUUGACCGGAUUCUCUAUAGAUGAGAGCAAUCAUCGGGGAGAGCCGGUACCAAGGUCGCUUACUUUCUGCUGUUUCCAAGGUUCAUUAUUAGAAGGUAGGUCAGCUCAGUUUAUGGGAAUUAUUAAGGUUCAAAUCCCCUCUGCUCCACACUGUCACACCAAACUCCAUUCAAAAAUGGCUGUUUUAAGGAAGUAAAACCUUUAUUUCCACCAUCAGUGAGACUCUGAUUCUCUUCAAUCUACAGACACAAUCUGCUCACAUUGACUCAGUAACAUCAUUAACUAACCUGUGAGGAAGAGUUGGACACAGACACAUCUUCAUCCUGUGUACACACACACACACACAGCUUUUCUUUCUUUAUCAUUGUUUGAUGUGUUAAAUGUGACGCAGCAGCUUUUAGGAACUUUAAUAAGAACAAACUUAAUAAACGUCUGCUCUUCCUCUUCCUCCUCCUCCUCUUCCAGACUCAGAAUGUAAAUCUGCUCCUUUUUAAAGGGAAAAGCAGAAACUUUAUUUUGAAAUUCCACAGCGGCUGACGGUCAGAGGUCAGUUCACAGCUCAGAAAUCAGAUCUGUGGAUGUGGAAACACUCACGUUGUUGUUGUUGUUGUUGUUUGUGUCUGCUGAAGUUUUCAAUCAUGUACAGAACCAAAACUCACCUGUUCUCACUAAACUGCAUGAAACUCAUUCAAUAAACCUGAAACAUGUUUCUAAGA